AUGCCACCAAUAAUUUAUAAAAGUCCGCUACCCGUUCGAUUAAAAGCCCCUAAGGGUAGAAUAACUCCUCUUAGUGCCCCCGAUAUACAUGUUGGAAAAUCACUUGUAGCUGCUUGCCCAAAGAGAAUAAGAGGAGAAAAAUUAGCAGAAAUGAAACAAAUUAUACGUAAAUAUUUAGGAAAGAAAAAAGAAUAUUUUGUAGAUGUUCAUGCAACCUAUAGUGUAACUAAAAAACCAGAUGGAACAAAAAUGGGACAGGGAAAGGGGCUCAUUGAUUAUUUUGUUGCAAGAGUACCAGCAGGAAAAACCAUUUUUCAUAUUCCUACAACUAGUCCAUUUAAUGCUCUAGGAUUUGAUGAUCCUAUUUAUAAAGUUUUAAAAAAAGCAGCAGCCAAAGUAGCUAUCCCAUGUGUAUUUAGAACACAAAAUAAUUUAUUUCGAGUUCACAAUAUAAAAUAUAUUUCUCAAAAAAAAAUACUUAAAGAUCAAUUAAUACAGUUUAAUCAAUAUAGGUCAAAGUUAUUUACAAAAGACGACAAUAAUACGUAA